AGAAGAGACAUGGGAGCGUUCAGGGUGCUGCUGGGGAGUUUACAUUACAUGGGACUCUACCUGCAACUUAGUGUCUCCGCAAGGCAAGCUGGACACGGCGAGAUGGAGAACCACAUCUCUGGGAACGCCAUGUUCACAGAGGUGCCCCAUGACAUGACUGCUCAGAGGGGUCAGGAUGUGGAGAUGGCCUGCUCCUUCAGAGGGGCCGGGACGCCCUCGUACUCGCUGGAGAUCCAGUGGUGGUACAUCAGGAACCAUCUCGACUGGACGGACAGACAGCCCUGGACAACCAAUGAAGUGGCACCCGAGGAGGAGAUGCCAAAGGAUGCUACAAAGAUAAGCGUUGUGAAGGUUGUAGGAAGCAACAUCUCCCAUAAACUCCGCCUCUCCCGGGUCAAGCCAUCCGACGAGGGCACCUACGAAUGCCGUGUCAUCGACUUCAGCGAUGACGCAGGUGCCCGCCACCACCGUGUCAGAGCCUACCUGCAGGUGGUGCCAGAGAGCGACGUCGCCAGCAACAGCAACCACAACGGCAACUUCGAGGCCCUGGAUGACACCAAGGGGGGAGUGGCAUUCGUCGAUGGGGGCGAAGCGGAGCCUCAUGAUGGCACCAAAGAGCAUGCUCACGGCCAUCACCCGAAUCACGGGCACCACCAGGAGCACGGGAAGCCGCCUCUGUCGCCAGCCCACCACGGCCACAGUCACAGCGGCAGCAGUCAGCAGCACAAGGCAGGCAGAGAGCUGAGGAAGAGGGACGUGGACACUAACCACAGCCACAAUGACUGCACCAACGAGCCAAGCUGCACGCUGUAG